UGCGUAGAGGAGCUGGCCAUUGUACGUGAAAAGUGUGAGUGUGCUGAGCGGUGUGAAUCGAAGGCAUGCACAGCGUGUACGGCUGCAUGCGUACAUGUCGGUAGGAAGAAGACAAUAGACCGAAAUAGCCCGCAGAGGCAUACCUGGGAUCACGAAGCAUCUUCCUGCGAGAUGGGAUCUGGUUCGCAAGGAUUUGGGCGGGUAGAAACACACAGAGUGCGUGCAUACACAGGCGGCUGGGGUGCAUGGGCUCAGCGCUUUUUGCCAUGACCUCCGCACCUGUUGUUGGCGGUGCUUGGUGGUGGUCGGUGGUCGUCGUUCAUAGAACGAGCAUGCUCUGUUCGUAUGAGUUGCAUGAGGUUGUCCUGCUCGUUGCUAUAGACAGGCAUUAUCGCUAUGGAGCGACGAACAUAGAACGUGUAGGCGCGAACGUUGCUGACGUGCGGUUUGUACGACGUUUCAACCGACCAAUGGCAAAAUAUCCUGGCAAGGCACAUUUUGCGGUGUGGUUCGCAUCUCGACCUGCAUGCGUGCAAAAGCGGUUGGCUGGAUUACCCAACAUUGUGGAGGGCCUUUUUGGUUUUUUUUUUACGCCUAUGUGCAGGAGUCGGCAAGGGAAUCUUUGGGUCGUCUGGAUAAAUCAGGUGUGGAAGUCGUCUACCUUGAUGUCGGUAGGAUGAAUGACAAAGAUAGCACUGCACGUUGUGGUAGGGCGUGUGCGACGUGCCAGCCAGUGACGACACACGAGGUAGGGGUUGUGUGGUGUGGUUCGCAUCCCAGCCGUUGCUAAAGCCUCUCGUAUUCGUAUUCCUGGU